AUGGCGGAGGGGGAAGAGGCCAUGAGCCAGGAGGACUGGAAGGAGAAGUGUAUGGUCCUGGAGGCGCUGCUCAUGAAGUUCAGAGUGCAGAUCAUCAAGAUUCGAGAACUCACUGCAGACAAGAUUCAGCAGUUGGAGACACAGGUGAUCGAUGCAGAAAAACGGGCCUUCACCGCUCACCAGCAGGUGCAGUGGAUGGAGGAGAAGCUGAAAGCUCCAGACAGUCCAUCCGGAGACUCGGAGGUGCGAUUGUUUCAGCGGUGCCAGGAGCUGCAGGCCCUGGUGCAGGAGAAGGAGGACGUCAUCGGCCAGCUGGAGCAGCAGCUGGAGGAGCAGAAACAGAUCCGACUUCAAGACGCCAAAACGGUGGAGGAAAAGGCCGCUAAGAUCAAGGAAUGGGUGAUGCUAAAGCUGUCAGAGUUUGAGGUUGAGAACGCGGCACUGAGAGAAACAAACAAGCAACAGGAGGCUCAGAUUGAGGAGUUACACAAACAAGUUCAGGCCUUUGAGCAGAAGUGCGGGGGUGGUCGAGGAGUCCUCUGCAGACCGGGGGAGGCGCAACGUCUCAGCAGCCUGACGUUUGGCUGUUUCCAGGUGAGGGGGAAGAACCCCCAGGUCCUCACUGGACCAGCACCUUCCCAGAGGAGCCUGAGCACCCAGGGAGAGACCGAGGGCAGAGACAAAACUGAGAAGAACAGUAAGCUCACAGCGUCCUCAGGGACAGACGGUGAAGUGCAGAGAUCCGACCGGACUCUGGAGGAAGACAGCGCGUCUGAGAGCCUGGGCGAGAACGCAUGUGGACCUGAGUCCCGUGGCGUCUCCUCCGUGCUCUCCAGUGCUGCAUCGGAGGGGGAAGGAGGAGGAGGAGGGUGUGAGGGAAGAGGAGGAGGCGGUCUGGAGUUCAGCCGCCCCGGCAGCGAGACCUACCUGACUGCCUCAGACGACAGCAGCUCCCUGUUUGACGAUGACAUGCAGCGUGCAGAUCGGCCCAGCUUCAGCCUGCUGGGCUCCUCAGACGGGGCGCUGGGAGGGUGUAAGGAGGGAGAGGAGGAGGCGCACAGGACCAAGCUGGAGGACUGCACCUCUGAGGAGCUCAACAAACGUUUCCAGUCGCAGAGACUUGACUCCUCAUCCUCUUCCAGUGAGCCCAACACCCCCAGCCCCAUCCUCACACCAGCACUCACGCCUAAACGACCCAACCCGCCCCAGGAUUCAAGGGACAACCCCGCCUCGCCUAAACAGCCUCGCCUGCGGACCCCAGCAGGGUUCGGGCUGAUGAACGUGGCUCUGGCCAAGAAACACCUGAGCCAGCCGCCUAUCAGCAGCGAGGCGGCGUACGGACAAACGCGCAACGCUCUCAGCAUGCUGCGCCCCCUCCGGCCACAGGAAACUGACCUCGACCAGGAGCAGGAGGUCGGCAUGGAGACGGGCAGGGACACACCUCCUCAGGUCCUCCUCAGCUCACCUGGUCCACCUGAACCUGGUUCAGAGAGGCAAGACUGUGACAGCUCAGCACCUGGCAGCAAACCUCCAACACCCCCUUUACACCGGCUGCCCUCCUGGGAGAGUCGUAUCUACGCUGUGGCUAAAUCAGGAAUCAGACUGUCGGAGACGUCCUGCUCAGACCCCGCUAGCAGAGACCCCUCCCUCCAGUCCUCCUACCCUGCCUUUGUAAUGUACACAUCCCUCAUCUAUAAAAACAUGACCACACCAGUUUACACUACUCUGAAGGGGAAAGCCACUCUGCUGAGCAGCAGCCCGUUCUCAGAUGAGUCCUCCAGCUCUGAGGAGUCAUCCAGUUCAGGAGAGGAGGACGGCUCCAUCCGCAGCUCUCACACCUCCUCCAGCUCCCGCAAGGACAGCAGCCCGGGCAGCCCGCGCUCUCUCAAGAGAGCUGUGUCCAUGUCUUCAAUGACAUCAGAGAGCGACUACGCCAUCCCUCCUGAUGCCUACUCCACCGACACAGAGUGCUCUGAACCGGAGCAGAAACUCCCAAAGACCUGCUCUGCAGCCAGUGACAACGGCAAGAGUGAACCGAUGGAGAAGUCAGGCUACCUGUUGAAAAUGGUGAAGACCUGGAAGAAAACAUGGAAGAGACGCUGGUUUGUCCUCAAAGAUGGAGAGCUGCUCUACUAUAAAUCACCUAGCGAUGUGAUCAGGAAGCCUCAGGGUCAGAUCGAAGUCAACGCCACCAGCAGCAUCGCUCGCGGCGAGGGAAAACAAGUUCUCCAGAUAGUGACGGGGAAGCGGGUGUACUACCUGAAGGCGGACUCUCCCAACCUGCUGGAGGAGUGGCUCAGGGUGCUGCAGAGCGUGCUCAGGGUGAAAGCUGCCAGUCCUCUCUUCACCCAGCCGGAUAUUCGCCCCGGCAUGAAGGGACUGCUCGUCAAGGUGAAGCAUGGCUACUCUAAGCGGGUUUGGUGUGCUCUGAUUGGCAAAACCUUGUACUAUUUCCGCAGCCAAGAGGACAAGUUCCCCCUGGGUCAGAUCAAACUGUGGGAGGCCCGGGUGGAGGAGGUAGACCGGUCAAGAGAUUCAGACGACGACCUGAAGGCAUGUGGGCGGGGCCUGCAGGCAGCACCUUUCACCAUCGCCAUCCAGCCGCAGGAGCAAGGCCCCACCUACCUGCUCAUCGAGUCCCGCCACGAAAAGGACUCGUGGCUGUACCAUCUGUCUGUGGCAGCGGGGAGCACAGUGGGUAAAGUCGGCACGGAGUUCGAACAACUAGUGGGAAAACUUUUCCAGCUGGAUGGAGAUCCAAAUUCUCAGAGCUGGAGACAUCUCCUAAUGUUGUGUUUCAGUAAGGAAGCUCUGACGUCUCCUCUAUAUACCUAACGUGCAUGUCACCAAGCUCUGCAGACAGAAGCGAUGAAAUUAGUAUACACGUGUCAGCUGUUCAUCAACGUGGCCAUCGACGCUCCAGCCAUCGACUACCACGUCUCACUGGCCCAGAGUGCCCUGCAGGUGUGUCUGGCCCACCCCGAGCUCCAGAAUGAGUUUUUCUGCCAGCUCAUCAAGCAGACCCGCAGGAGGCAGCCACACGGCCAUCCAGGACCCCUGCAGGGCUGGCAGUUUCUCGCCCUGUGUGUGGGCCUGUUUCUGCCUCAGCACCCGUUCCUCUGGCUGCUCCAGGUUCACCUCAACAGACACGCCGACUCCAGGACCGAGGUGGGUAAGUACGCCAUCUACUGCCAGCGCUCCAUGGAGCGGACCCAGCAGAAGGGCGAGAGGCAGGCCAGGCCGUCCCGUAUGGAGAUCCUGUCCAUCCUGCUGAGGAAUCCCUAUCAUCACUCCCUGCCAUUCAGUGUGCCUGUUCACUUCCUCAAUAGCACCUACCAGGUGGUGAGCUUCGAUGCUUCGACCACAGUGGACGAGUUCCAGUGUCGCCUCAACCAGGACACCGGCAUGAGGAAGACGGGGCUGUCUGGUUUCAGCCUGUACACUGACGACCCCACUGGACGAGAGCUGGAGCACUGCCUGCAAGGAGGCAUCAAGAUUUGUGACAUUAUCUCCAAGUGGGAGCUAGCCUCGAAGGAGCAGCACACCGGCAAGUCUGAAAACACCCGGACGGUCCGCCUCACCUACAAGAACAGGCUCUACUUCUCUCCCCAGGUCAGGGGGGAGUCAGAGAGGGAGAGGUUGCUGUUGGCUUAUCAGACAAAUGAGGCCAUCGUAGCGGGACACUUCCCCGUCAACAAGGAGCUGGCUCUGGAGAUGGCUGCCCUGCUGGCCCAGGUGGAGUUUGGGGAUUUUGAGCGUCCCUUCUCUGCUCCUGGAUCAGCCCCGACCAAGUCUAACCAAACCCUGAAACAGGUUCUGGAGAGAUUCUACCCUAAACAUUACCGCCGGACCACAUCUGAGGAGCAGCUCAGACAACUGCUGCAGCGUCUCUCCGCCCGCUGGGCCUCCCUCAGGGGUCGAAGUUCACCAGAGUGUGUCAGGAUCUACCUGACCGUUGCCAGGAAGUGGCCUUUCUUUGGCGCCAAACUGUUCGAAGCAGAAUCCAUCACGCCGUCUCCAGAGCAGCGUGUCCGUGUUUGGCUGGCUGUGCAUGAAGAUGGUAUCAGUGUUCUGGAGCACAACUCUGUUAAACCGCUGGUGUCCCACCCCUACAAGAACCUGAUGACGUUUGGAGGCUGCAAACAGGACUUCAUGCUGGUUGUGAGACAGAGCAUCGGUUCCAACACGAGCAAAGACAAACCUACGGAGAAACAUCUGUUUGCUAUGGACGUCUCAAAGAUCAGGGAGAUCACCCUCCUCAUCUCCAGUUACAUCAACAGCGCUCACCAGCAGAAGGCCGCCGCCCACCACCUCUCCGCCCCGGCUCUCAUGGUUGCCCAGCCCAUCAGUCUGAAGAGCAAAGAGCUGAGGAGCAAGUCCCCGCCAGCCCUGGGUCGCCCCAGCAAGGCCCCCACGCUGCUGUGAAAAAACAUCACGCCUUCUCGCUGAGAAAUCUCCGCUUGAAUUUGAAAUGACAGCAGCUGAUUCCAGUCGCACAGCCUUUCUUUCUUAUCAGCCAAAUCCUGUAGGUUUGUCUGAUGGGGUCAGAUUAAAUUGUGGUGAAUUUCUGGUGAGGGUGCAGCGGUUCCUCAUUCAGGAUUUAAGCUCCUGAAAAGUGCCUUCCUCAGAGAACGUGUGACAUUUUGGGUCUGAAACUGGAGCCGUGGGUUGUAUAAACAAGGUACAAAGGUGUCUAGAAACAACAAAUGAUGAUGAAUGUGUUGCUUUUAAGUGCUGACUCCAAAGAGAAAAAGUCAACAGCAUUUAUUGACCGACCGAGCUGAGGUGUCUCAUUCACCUGUGUGUUCAGGGUGUGUGGUACGUUCCCUUUUGUAAAGACGCUGAUUUAAGUUCAUUUUAUUAUUUUCGCCUUAAAAAAUUAUCCACAGUCAUACAGAAGUUGUGUUAAAGACUCGUUUAAAUAUGAAAAUGCGUAUGAAGCAACUGCCCGCAGUUUGCAGUGCAAAGGGUGUGAAUGACGUUCAUAAGGGGAAACCAGUUUGGACCCUGUGUGCUCUUAGUUACUGAAUAGCCAGGAGAGUAGUGAAACUUUAAUCAAGUACAAACCUUUCAGCAAGAUGCCUCCUCAGUAUAUUUCACAUGACAUUACAAAGAGAAGUGUUAUGAGAGGGGUAGAUAAUGUGGUUGUGUAUGUUCAUUAAAAGGAAGAGGGUAAGAGGAUGUGGUAAUGGUUUGGUGGUUUGAUGAAGGAGAAGUUUGGUAUUGUUACUGAAAGAAUAAUGAAGUAAUGAAGCAGCAGGGUCAGAUAUACAUAUACUGCGUCCUCUUUAUAUUUCACAUGACAUUAGAAAGAGAGCAGAGUUAGGGUAUGAAAGAGGGGAUAAACUCUGUGUUUGUGUACAUUUAGAAGAAGAGGAUUGGGAAUAAAGGAAUAAAGUGUUUUCUGUUUUCUUAGACAGAAUAAUAAAAGCGGGGUCAGAUAUACUGUGGUGACCCAUUUAACUUUAACUGGAAAAACAGGACUUUUUUUAAUCUAAGGUACUUUUCCCCCCUCCCAGUAUUAUCUUAACCCUGUACAGAGCGAGUAUUGUCAGGUGUUAUAUUUAUUUGUCAUAUGAAAUCAUCCUUGGAAUAUAAUUAUUGUGCAAGUCUAAUGCUUGAAUAAACUACAGAAAACCUGUGACAAGCAGCUUUUUUUAUCCCUUCAUACGGAUGAUCAACGCCUUCGUGGGAAGCUGUAGAAACCAUAACACUCCAUGUUUUCCUCACCUUCACCAGAAAGACGGCGUCCUGCUUCCUCAUUGGCGUGAGCGUAAAUGACGUGUUGAUACCUGCAGCAGGUGCCUGACGGCUAGUGACACACCUUCAUUCCUAUAGUGUUUCACAGGGAGA